AUGUCUAGCUUCAGAAGAGCUCUGCUGGUUGCAGGGAAGACGAAGAUCAACCUCGAGAACUGCCAUUUCAUCACCGGAAUCAACUACAACGGCCUCAGCGUCAAGCAGCUACAAGAGCUCCGCGGGAUUCUCCGGGAAAACAGCAACACGAAGCUCCUCGUCGCCAAGAACACUCUGGUGUACAAAGCCUUAGAAGGAACGAAAUGGGAGUCGCUGAAGCCGUGUAUGAAGGGAAUGAACGCUUGGAUCUUCGUGCAAACCGAAGAUGUCCCUGCGGCGUUGAAGACUUUCAUCAAUUUCCAGAAGGAGAAGAAGCUCUACGACAACAACUUGGGCGGCGCCGUCUUCGAGGAAAAAGUCUACGCUCCUCAGGAUUACAAGGUUAUUGAGACGAUGCCGUCUCGCUCCGAUGUCUACAGUAUGAUGUUCGGUGCUUUGCAUUGGCCGGCGUUAGAUCUCGUCAAUACGUUGCAGGCACCAACCGCGUCGGAAAAUGAGAGUGCUGCAUAG